AUGUGGGACCCCCGGAGCGCGGGAUCCCCGGAAUGUGGGACCCCCGGACCCGGGACCCCCGACCCCGGAACGCGGGACCCCCGACCCCGGAAUGUGGGACCCUCGGAAUGUGGGACCCCCGACCCCAGAACGUGGGACCCCUGGAGUGCUCCGAUCCCGGGACGUGGGACCCCCAAAGCCCAGGACAUGGGACCCCUGACCCCGGAGUGUGGGACCCCCGGACCCCCCGGAGUCACAGGACCCCUGGCUCUGGAUCAUGGGACCCCCGGAGCCCUGGGACCCCAAAACCCAGAAUGUGGGACCCCCAGAGUCCUCGGACCCCCCCACCCUGGAACCUGGGACCCCCGGGACCCCUGUCCCCAGCACGUGGGACCCCCAAAGCCCCGGCCGUGGGACCCCCGGAGCCCUGGGACCCCUGGCCCGGACGAGGGGACACUGAGCCCGCACCCCUGGGGUCCCCAGAGCCCCUCCCCGGGCCUGGCUGGGGGGGGCUCCGGCCGCUGCCCUGGGUGCGGGGGGGCCUUGGGGACCCCCCCGCUGUCCCACCCUGGGCCCGCCCUGGGCUGUCAGACUGUGCUGCUCUUCCUCCUCCUCCUCCUCCUCCUCCUCCCGCUGCCGCUCCCCGAGCCCGGCGCGGCGGGGGGGGCACAGGUGUGUGUGUGCACAGGUGUGCACAGGUGUGUGUGUGCACAGGUGUGCACAGGUGUGUCCCCAGGACGUCACGUGCGUGUCGGGGGGGUCCCGCUGCGCCGGGACACUCGUGCUGCCCCCCCCGUGUGUGUGUGUGUGUGUGUGUGUGUGUGUCCCCGCCUGUCCCCGCCUGUCCCCGCCUGUCCCCCCGGGCUGGCGGCUCCGUGCGCGCCGCUCCGUGUCCCGGCCGAGGACGGGCCGGGGUCCCCCGUGUGUCGCCGCCGGCCCCCGGCGCCCCCCCCGCACAGCCGGUGUCGCUCGGUGACACCCCCGCACAGGAGGGGGGCGCGGGGCGGGGCUGGCGCCGCCCCGGUGCGUGUGCUGUGUUUGUCCCUUGUCACCUGCAUGUCCCCCCGCGUAGGAGCCCCAAUAAACCGGACAGAGACCCCCGGCUCUGAGUGUCACCCCUGGGAGCUGGGGGGGAGAGUGGCCUGGGUGUCACCGUCAUUGUCACCUGGUGGCCGCAGCAUUGGCAGAGACGGGGACAGGGGAGGUGACAUCACCUUUACUGAGACAGGCAGGUGGCACCGCGUGUCACAGUGUGACGUCAGCCAGGCCACGUGUCUGGUGGCACCAGUGUCCUCGUGGUGCCAGUGCCAGCAGCACAGGAGGUGACAUUGCCUUUACCAGCACGUGGCACUGUGUGACACCGUGUGACGCUGUGUGACGCUGUGUGACACUGUGACA